AUGGCCCUACAGGUGAAGGAGGCCCAGAAGUACUACUACUACUACUACUCCUUGGGUGAUCGGGGAGAACCAGGGCCAGCUGGCCUUCCUGGUUCCAUCGGUGCUCCGGGAACUCCGGGACCAGUUGGGGCUACAGGCGAUCCAGGACAAAGAGGUGAACCAGGAUCUCGGGGUCCAUCGGGUCCUUCUGGCCGUGCUGGAAAACGUGGUUUGCCGGGUCCCCAAGGUCCUCAGGGAGACAAAGGUGACAAUGGAGAUCGAGGUGACAGAGGGCAGAAAGGUCACAGAGGUUUCACUGGCCUUCAGGGUCUCCCCGGACCUCCUGGUCCUAUUGGUGAACAAGGCAGUUCUGGGAUUCCAGGUCCAUUUGGCCCUAGAGGCCCCCCUGGUCCAGUUGGACCUUCAGGGAAAGAAGGAAAUUUUGGACCCCUCGGGCCAGUUGGACCUCCUGGUGUAAGAGGAACCUUAGGAGAAGCAGGACCUGAGGGUCCCCCAGGAGAAACCGGUCCCCCAGGCCCCCCGGGCCCGCCAGGCCACCUCACAGCCGCCAUUGGUGACAUUAUGGGACAUUACGAUGACGGUCUUGCCGACCCUCUCCCAGAAUUCUCUGAAGACGAAGCUGCCCUAGACGAUAACAAUAAAACAGAUCCAGGAGUCCAUGCUACACUGAAGUCACUUAGUAGCCAGAUUGAAACCAUGCGUAGUCCAGACGGGAGCAAGAAACACCCAGCACGGACUUGUGAUGACUUGAGGCUGUGCCAUCCAUCCAAAAAGAGUGGAGAAUAUUGGGUUGACCCUAACCAAGGUUGUGUGGAAGAUGCCAUCAAAGUAUUCUGCAACAUGGAAAGCGGCGAGACGUGCAUCCCUGCAAACCCAGCUAGUAUCCCACGUAAAACAUGGUGGACAAGUAGGUCACCUGAACUAAAGCCUGUAUGGUAUGGACUGGAUAUGAACAGGGGUUCACAGUUUGUCUACGGUGAUAACGAGUCCCCCAACACUGCCGUCACGCAGAUGACAUUCCUGCGUCUGUUGUCCAAAGAAGCCUCUCAGAAUAUCACCUACCACUGCAAGAACAGUGUUGGCUACAUGGAUGACCAAGCCAAGAAUCUGAAGAAGGCCGUGGUCCUGAAGGGGGCAAACGACCUGGAAAUCAAAGCAGAAGGAAACAGCCGCUUUAGAUAUACGGUCCUUCAUGACAGUUGCAGUAAACGCAACGGGAACUUGGGCCAAACAGUUUUUGAGUACAAAACGCAGAACGUGGCACGCUUACCAAUCGUCGAUAUUGCCCCAGUGGACAUUGGAAAUGCCGACCAAGAGUUUGGAAUAGAGAUUGGGCCAGUUUGUUUUGUGUAAGACGGGGAAAAAAAGAAAAGAGAAAUAAAAAGGGAAACGUCAUACCAAUUCAAAAGCUUCGGGAAUCAGCGGCAACAGCAGCAAAACGCAAGAACUUAGACGGAGUGAAGUUAAUCCUGAGACUCUUGAAGUAAUGGCUGACGACGGAUCAGCAUUGUACAUAACCGUUCUUUCUCAACCCCCGGCCUUCUUUAGAAUAUUUAUUUUACUUUUUUUUUUUUGCAAGCCUUCAGUCUAUGACCCAAGUCAACAUUUUAACAAGAUAGUCUAAUUUUAUGAGGACAAAUGACCACCCUUUGAUGCAAAACCCACUAACACAUUGUUCGUGCUUAGAGAUAAUAAUGAUGAUUGGUUUUUCUUAUUCUGGGGUUUUUAUUCUUCUCAGCUUACGUGAGUGUAAUUCACAUCAAGCAUUGUACACAGACGGAUAUAUGUAAGAGUUUUAAUUGUCCGGUCCUAAAACUUGCUACAAAGUCCAGCUCACCGCUGCAUCAGGGAAGCGUCCUUGAAGACGGCAUCCAUUGGUACGAGAAGCCAGUAGAUGAGGGACUGGUUGGGUAAUUCAAAUUUAGCCCUCGCUGACCUUUAUGUUUGCCAAGUCACUCUUCUGUGUUGAAGGGAGUAGCCCAGCAUUUCACUAAAAUGUACUCUCUUAAAGCUACAGGAGUCCUCUCAGGGUCUAGUCUUGGGAACUUUACGAUACCUUGGCCCUCAGCCCCGACAGUGCCAUCCUAAGCAGAGUUUACACCCUUCUAAGCCCGUUGACUCCAAUGGGCUUUGAAGGGUAUAACUCUGCUUAAAGUUGCAUUACCAGUUUCUCCAGUGCCCUUGACUUUUUCCUUCUUGCUCAUAGAAUAUAGCUUCCUGUCUCACAUUUCCCCCAUGCCCUGUUUUCUUGGAAUAACAUUUUAAAUUGACCUGUAUUUCUUCAUGGGUCUUCUUUUCAGCCUUUGUAAACUAUUUGACAUCCUUCACUGCGUUUAGGUCACCUGCCCCUGAAGGUCAACGGUGUCAUGCCCCAGAGUCCACUCCCCGAAGCUGCCAGUCUCUCCAAGGGAACAGAUCUUUGUCCUCUGACCUCCAGCCCUCCCGAGGGGUGACCCUACUUACCUUAUUUGCCACCCCCUCAAGCCUUGUGUGAGCGUCCCCCCCCCUCACCAUGGACCUGUUCUUUCUCCUCCGGUAUUAGGUUGUAAGCCCUUGGGGCGGGACCAUUUCUUCUUGUGCCCUCAAGAGCACAUCGCCAGUAACCGGGAUUUGGAGGAACGGCAGACUAGCAUUUACAAGGGAAUUCUAAACAGAGUUAGACCCUUCUAAACAAAUCAAAGUCAGGAGGCUUCAAAGGGUGUAACUCGUCUUAGGAUUUCACUGUGAGUCUGUUACAGACUCCUGUUCUUCAUCCAUCCUGAAGCUUCAUGUAAGCCUCAUGUACACCCGUCAUGCACUUGGUUUACGGCAGACUGUCGUCUUCUUCAUGUGUCCAAUCCCCCAAAAGUGUUUACCUGUGGAAAGCCCAGUUGUGGUGCAGAAGGUUGAAGCGAAUGGCAUUCAAGUGCUUUCUGGCCAUAAUGCUAUGGUUUUAAUUUAAAUACUUACCAUACCUCAAUGGGUGCUUUGUUAGUUCCCUGCAGAAAUGAAUGAGCACUAGGCUUAGAACAGAUAAAAGGAAGUACUUCUUCAUCCAAAGAGUAAUUAACACGUGGAAUUCACUGCCACAGGACGUGGUGUCAGCUAAAAGCAUAGACAGAUUCAAGAGGGGAUUGGAUAAACAUAGGGAGCAGAGGU